AGAAAAUGCCAGACCUUAUUAUAAGGGAUUAAAAUAAGCUUGAUAAAAGACAUCCUAAACUUAAUAAAGCUAUCCCAAGUUUGUAAAAAAUCACUUCAGUCUUUUUAUCAUUUGGGACCAAGGUCUUGAGUUUUCUUUCUUCCUCUAGCUAACUCAUCACAACUUUUCAAACCACAACAAAACAAACAGACAAAGUUAUCUCUCCAACUCACUCAAAAUGUCUGUUUUCAAUGCAAAAGUGACUUCUACCGAACCCCUCUCCAAGGAGGAAGCUCGCUGGAUCAAACUCUCCAAAAUCACAUACCGUGAUCCAACAGGGACACCUCGAACCUGGGAAUCAGCUGAGCGUCUCACACGUCCCAAGACCGCCGACAUCGACGGCGUCGGCAUCGUAGCCAUCCUGCCCCUCGCCACGGGCCCCGAACUCAUCCUCCAGAAACAAUACCGCCCUCCCAUCGACGCUGUAACAAUCGAAGUACCAGCCGGGCUGAUCGACGAGGGCGAGACCCCCGAAGAAUGCGCCAUCCGCGAACUCCGCGAGGAGACGGGCUACGUCGGCGUGGCCACUGAGACGUCGCCCAUGAUGUUUAAUGAUCCGGGGUUUUGCAACACGAACUUGAAGAUGGUGCAUGUCAGUGUUGAUAUGGAAUUACCUGCGAAUAAGGACUUGAAGCCGGAGUUGGAGGAGGGCGAGUUUAUUGAGGUUUUUACGGUGAAGUUGACGGAUUUGUGGGGGAUGUGUGAGGCGUGGGAGAAGGAGGGCUGUGCGAUUGAUGCGAGGGUUGGGACUUUGGCGGAGGGGAUUUUGUUGGCGCAGAGGUUUAAGCUGUAGACGGUCAAUGGCUAAUGGACUAUAGAACGAAAAGUUAUGAUUCGAAUAUGUUUGUCGAGGGACUGUCCUCCAUUUAACUCAAUUAUGUACAGGAAAGGUUGAUAUGGGAUCACCAGAAAGCAUGCCGUCUUCUAAACAGGCACAGCCUUACC